CAGAAAGGAAGAUGAGAUUUCACUUUCAGUUUCCUUUUUUCCCUGCCCCGGAGAGCUAAAGUCUUGCUUGACAUUACGAAGAAUUAAAAAUAGAACAUGAAGACCAGAGGGAUUUGGUUUUCAUUGCUCGUGUCUUCCUGCCUGUGGUCUAUCAACGGUGGUCAUGUUGAAGAGAACAUUGUAGACCCAACCGAUAUGGAGAACUAUGAUCCAGUAUCAAAGACGAUGAAAACAAAACACAAGUCACCCAGCGCCAUUUUAAAGAAUUACCUACAGAAAAUGCUUGAUGAAGUCCAAAAACUUGGAAUCAUUGAUGACAAUCAUGAGGAACAUCGUUUCAGUGCUGACAUAGUCCUAACAAGGCAAACGUUGGUAGAGAUCUCAAAGUUCUUAAACAAUGAGGACUGGGAUCCCGUGGCAUUGGAAAGUAGUCUCCAAAGCAUUUUUUCACAGUUCAAGCACCGCGAUGAUUAUGUCAAAGAACAGUCUGAAGACGGUUUUUGGAUAGCCUUACAUAUUAUAUUUUUGGUUAUCAUCUAUUUUGUACUCCUAAUGCAUCCCAUUGAUUGGUUGCAGCAAUUAAAUUUUUUUAAUCACUUAAGUUGUGUGAUCAUCAUAUUGUUGGCCAGAUGUCAGAAUCCCUGGAACUCUUUCUUUGAGGUUUUUCCUUUCCCUGCGCACCAAAAUAACCAAUUAAAGCAAAACAAAGACCUUCUGCAUAUUUAUUUUAUGGACCUGAUGCAAUUAAGUCUUUCAACAGUUUUAAUAAGCUUUGUAUUGAAAAUAUGUUAUUGGUUUGGAAAAUGGAUUAUUCAACUUAUUCCACUACCCAAGAGAGAACAUCCCAUUCAUGAUGCCAUAGAGAAAAAGGAAGAACCUGGUGUUGACCAGGGUUUGAUAUGUGAAGGCUCAGUCCAUGGCUUAGAUGAAAAGCCAAAUGGUGGUGGAGACAAAGGACAGAUGAAAAGUGAACAGCAAAGUUCAUCUAGUGAAAUUCCUCAGUUUCUUCAACCAUCCAAAGACUCCAAGCAGAAUACACUGAUGAAAGACAAAACUUACAGUACAGACGAGUUUUUACAUAUAUCACCUUCAACACUACAAUGUCAAAGAAAAGACAAAUUGUCAAGCAGCACUCAAGAGGUCGAAGAGAAGGUUUUGGCUCCAGAAGAAAAAACUGUUGUUGAGGAUAUAAGUCCAGCUGCUGUUACAGAUACACCAAAGGACCAUGAUCCAUCAGAGCUUGCCAUCUACACUAAUUUCAGUACUCUGCAGUUCCAGGAAUUUCUAUUUUUGGACCAGGAUGACAUUGAUAUUUAUACUGACAAUGCUCUACUGAAUUCUGACGACUCGGGAUCCCAAAGUAUUGAGGUCAUUGAGGAUCCUCUAUAGCCAUCUAGUGGGGCUGCCACUGGAACACAUGAAGAACCAGUAGAGUCUUAUACUGAAUUUUAGAACAGAGAAAUUACCUCUGUCACACCAUUUAGCAUAAACAAAAUACUAAUCAAAUCACCUACAAUUGGUGUUUAGGAGAUUUUACAGUUCAGCGCAUAAAAACUGUGACCAUACAUCCCAAGUGUCCAGUUUUGAACACAGGACAGUCCUUAUUUUGGUACAAAUGCUAUCUGAACCAAACAACGACAAACAACAAUUAAACAAUAUUGCAGAGAUUAGAUAAUGGGAAGAAUAAUCAUGCAAAUCUUGAGAAACGUAAGUCAAGACACCUUUCCCUAUGGUAUACAUGUGAGAGGUUUUAAUACUCAAUUAAAUUGCUUAUUUGAAGCUGUAAACACGGUAAAAUUGCUUUACUUGGUGUAGAGUUCUGUAAAAUGUAGGGAUCAGAAAAAGGAACAUAUUUUGCUCAAUCGAAAGCGGUCAAAGUGUAUAUAUAGAAGAAAAAAAAGAUAACUUUGCAACUGCAUUUACAUCCCAGUGAGAUUUAUAUGAAAAGUGAAUAAAACCUUUAAGGUGCACAUGGAGCUGCUAGGUAGCAUGGUUAUGAUUAUUACUACUAAACUAUUGCUUUGAUGUUUUUUCUUCUUAUCUGAAUUUGUUAUUGUAAUGUGAUAUAACUAUAAAAUUAAGCAUCGGAUUUUCCAAAAA